AUGAGUUCGACUUUCUCUCGGUGGAGAAAAGUAGAGCUGCUCGAUCUAGCUGAUAAGUUACACAUCUCAGGGAUUCCCGGUAGUAUUCGCAAAAAUGACCUUAUCAGUGUGAUAGAGAGUCAUUUGACAAGACUGGGCGAACCGUUAGACGUGGACGUCGAAUACCCGGAGCUCAAGUCCUUCUACGAUUCCGUUGUGAAGUCAGCAGAAGAGUCGUCUGACGUGGAAACCGAGUCCCAAAUUGAUGAUUUGGAGAACGAUGUCCAGUUGGACAUCGAAGCUGUGUUGGAUUCGGAGUCUGCGGAUAAUUUCAAUGAUUUGAACCUCACCCAGGAGUCAGAGACGCAAACCGAAAGUGACGCUGAAGGCAACGAAACGGAAACGGAAGGCGAGCCCUUCCGUUUCAAUUUCCAAAAUUACCUCUCUGACAUCAAAGAUAAUGUCAUGUCAGCGAACGAUGCUGCGCAGGAGUUUUUGUCGACUACGAAAACUAUUGAAACCCUAUUUGGUUCUAUUGAAUUAUACUACAUUACAAAACCUUUGAUCGAGUCACAAAAUCGCGGGCUCUCAUUUUCGACCCUGGUCACGUGGCUCUCUUUCUCGUAUUUUUUACCAGUGAUAUUUGGUUACUACAUCAAUUUCUGUCGUUAUGAUUUUACGAUAAAAGUCGAUCCGAUGAUUUACUACCUAACGAAAGGUCUAUUGAGCUUAACAAUUUCGAAUUUGAAUGUGGAUUCAUUCGCACAAUCAUAUGCAACGACAGUAUUAAAUUUCAACUUAAUAUCAGGUCUAAGCUUAAAUUUGGAUUUGAAAUUCGUAAACUAUAUCCAAUUGGGUCUGCAAUCAUGGCAAAAUUCGUUAGGUCAACUGCCAUUAAUCUUUUCAAUUGUCGGUAUUAUAUUAACUCUUUAUAUCAUCUAA